CGAUCUGUGUUUACUGUCAAAUGUUGUACUUGUCCUUUCUUCCUCGGCCAUUGACAUGAAAACACUGAAUUGAUAGAUGCAUCCACCCUGACACCCCCCUCCUUUUUCACAUCUUCUCACUUCUACUCCUGUAUCUUUACUUCUGUUCAGGUGGCCCUAUAUGAUCACACUUGCAUCAAAUAACACACUGGAAAAUAGAAACAACCCUAACUUAAACCCUCUUUCUUCAACCCUUCACUAUCACUACUUCUCUUUAUAUAAUCUCCACUGAAUUUGAGACCUACCAUUACUAACACUUGCAUUUGCACUACCUUAACUUUCCCAAUACAUUUACCUUAACUUUCCUAUGGAAGCUUUUGAUCACACCCAUUAUGUUCCCACCUUUCCCUUUUCUUAUCCUUUCAUCACCACCACUUCCACCACCACCAAUUCUCCUUGGAUGGACACUAGGAUUUGGAGUAGGCUUCCCCAACGCCUAAUCGACCGAGUUAUCGCCUUCCUACCACCUCCCGCCUUCUUUCGAGCCCGAUCCGUAUGCAAGAGAUGGUAUUCUCUCUUGUUCUCUCACACCUUCCUCCAAAUGUACCUCCAAAUCAACCCAAAACCCUACUUUUUCAUAUUUUUCAAACAAAAAACCACAAACCCUAAAACAACCACCACCAACACCACCAGUACCGUCUUUAAGCAUGGUAACACCCCCGCGGCUACCGUCCCGGAGGAAGGUUACAUCUUCGACCCCGAAACUCUUUCGUGGCACCGACUUGUCUUCCCACUAAUCCCAUCAGGGUUUUCACCAACUUGUUCCUCGGGUGGACUGGUCUGUUGGGUAUCAGACGAAGCGGGUUCGAAAGGUUUACUCCUUUCGAACCCGCUCUUUCCAUCUUUAAUCACCCCACUCCCGUCCACCGUGAGGCCUAGGUUAUUCCCUUCUGUAGGGUUAACCAUCACAAACUCUUCAAUCGAUGUGAUGGUAGCUGGAGAUGACAUGAUAUCUCCAUAUGCUGUGAAAAACCUGACCACUGAAAGCUUUCAUAUAGACCUAGGUGGGUUUUAUUCCAUUUGGGGCACUACCUCUUCUCUUCCAAGAUUAUGCAGUUUGGAGUCUGGAAAAAUGGUGCAUGUUCACAACCAAAGUGGUUCUGGUUCUGGUUCAAGUUCAAGUGGUAAAUUCUACUGCAUGAACUACAGUCCUUUCAGUGUGUUGUCAUACGAUAUGGGACGUAAUGAAUGGUCUAAGAUCCAAGCUCCCAUGAGGAGGUUUCUGAGGUCUCCAAGCUUGGUGGAGAGUAGAGGGAAGCUGGUGUUGGUAGCGGCUGUGGAGAAGAGUAAGCUGAAUGUUCCAAGAAGUUUAAGGAUGUGGGCACUGCAGAGCUGUGGGACAACAUGGGUGGAGAUCGAGCGGAUGCCGCAGCAGUUGUAUGCGCAGUUUGCGGAGUUGGAAGGGGGGAGGGGGUUUACUUGUGUCGGAAAUGGUGAGUUUGUGGUGGUGAUGAUCACAGGGACUGCGGCGGAGAAGGCGGUGUUGUUUGAUUUUGUGAGGAAGAGGUGGGUUUGGGUUCCCCGGUGCCCUUAUGUUGGUGGUGGUGGUGGUGAGUUGAAUGGUUUUGCUUAUGUGCCUAGACUUGCUACUCCUGUGACAGGACUUCUUGAUCAGUUAACUAAUCUCAAUCCGUUUUAGGUUAUGUUGUUAAAGUGUAGCUAGUUAGUAGCUAGUUCGUUAUCUAAGGUUAGUUAAUGUGAUAUGUAUUUUAUGAUGAAUUAAGAAG